AUGAUCCCUUGGACCUACCUAACCGAUCCUGACAGAGCCUACAGCAGAGGAAGCUACGCCUUCAACAGCGUCCAGCCAUUGUGUUCUGUGCCAGUUUUAGUUUUAGUUUUCGUGCUCGCGUAUCAGUGUUCUAUUCGUAAUAUUAACGAUAAUAUUACUCACGCUAAGUUGAGAGUUGUUAAAAUUUUGCAUUAUAUUUGUUUUACCACUGAAGGUGAACCUCGAAAAACUAGAAAAGCUUUGCGUGCUUUUCCUGGUUUUCGGCUCGACGACACUUCGGAACAAUUUUUGAGUAAAUGUAACGAUGUAAGUGAAAAAUUUGAUCUUCCUGAUUUAAUUGCGAUAUGCCAAAUUCUUGAUUUGAAUUAUAAAAAUGAGAAGCAUGACGUGGUUGUUCGCAUUUGUUCCUUUUUGAAUACCUUCAUUAACGACGACGAAACUGAAGAUGACGAAGAGGAGGAUGACGUAUCAGAUAUAGACGAAGACGACGAAAGACGAAAGGCAGAAAAAAGACAACUGGAAGACGAAAAAAGACGAAUGCAAGAAGAAAAACGACGAUUGGAAGACGAAAGACGGAAAAAUGAUGAAAGACGAGAAAAAGAAAAACGACGAUUGGAAGACGAAAGACGGAAAAUGAUUAAAGACGAGAAAAAGAGAAACGACGAUUGGAAGAAGGAAGACGAAAAGACGAUGAAAGACGCGCAAAAGACGAUGAAAGACUUGAAGAAGAAGAAAGAAGAAGACGUGAGAGAAGAAACGACGAGGAUAGACGAAGACGUGAAGGGCGAAAUUAUGACAAAGGGCGACAAAUAUGUGAUGAAAGACGUAGAUAUGAACGAAGUAAUGACGAAGAAAGACGAAGAUACGAAGACAGACGAUAUGACGAAGAUAUUCACGUACAUGAAGAAAUUGGAAAAUGAAGCUAUAGCGCAAGCAAUAACGCUGAAAUUAGAUUCGCGAAUAAUGGAGCGACUGGUACAAGACGACAGGAAUCAUUUGCAUUAA